AUGGACUCAAGGCAAAACCUGGUCGAUAAAAUUGACAUAUUCUUCUUACUGAAGCAGCAGAAACUUGUCACCAAAGAAGAAUUGAGGGUUCUUCUACCUACUCAGUCAUACGAGGAUUAUAAUGUAAAUUACUAUAGAAGAAGGAUUCCUGAGGUGUUUGAUAGAAACAUCAAAAAAGAAUGGUUCAUAUAUAGGUAUUUGGACGACUCCUUUUACGAUGAAAAAAGGAAAGCCAUUCAAAAUAUCUACACAUUCAAGGUCGACGGUCCAUGCAUAAUAGCAAGAAAUCUACCAGAAGACAUGCCUGGCUCGGUCAUAUGCUCUACGCUCCUUAAAUGUGAAGAUCUGGAGAGGUUUUGGAUUCAACAGCAGUCAUCACAAAAUGGAUUUUCUAGGACGUGCUACAUCAUUCUAAAGAAGGAGGCAAGUGUAGAAGAUUCUAUAAAAUUCAUGAAAUCUAUUUUUGACAGAGGACUGGGAAUAGAAAUCGAAGAAUUUGACGUUUCUGGGGUAAAGGAACCCGAAAUAUUGCCUGGAGGCGGUGAUUACUCAAUGGCAAGGUCAAUAUUCGAUUCCAUGUGUAAGAUUUUUGACAUAAAUGAAGAAGAAGUACUCAAAAAAUAUUCAUUAACACUAGGAAAUACCUCUGUAAAUCAGAAUACCGCAGAAUUCAUUUGUGGAGCACUUAGAAACAUAUUUCUCUAUUGCUACACAUGUGCACAUCAGUAUGAUGAUCCUCUCGAGAUGAUGAUGGGAUGCAGAAACCACAAAGAAACAGAUGCAGCAUCAAGAAGAAGAGAAUUUUUGUGCAAUUAUAGAGGAUUCGGGUAUCUCAGUGCAAAAACCAAGGAAGAAGAGCUUAACAACAUGACUACAAUUGUUAACGAAAACCAUUAUAAAUGCGGAUUCUGUGGAAAGUCAUUUGAAAGUGAAAAGUUUAUAUUUAAUCACUUUAACAACAAACACGAGAGUGAGAUUAAGAGAAUCGAAAAAAACAUAGAGGACUUUAAGAAGUUCCUCUCCAGAAUCGACUGUUUCAUGCUGAGCAUUGUCGAAGGUACAGAUGAUGAUAGAGUCCCAAGGUUUCUACUUCCAAACAUUAAGGAUGAUAGAAUAGUAUAUGAUAUGGGAUCGGUCUUCAGUGGGGAAAUAUCUAUCGGUAAAUAA